AUUCAUGAAAAGAGCUAUUUAUAUUUGUUUAGCUAGAAUCACAAAACAAGGUUUAUCACUUAUAGAAAUGUUGAUGACUGAGUUGCUCUUUGGAGCUUUCUUUAUUAUAUUCUUAACUUAUUGGAUUAACAGAUGGAGGAACCCAAAAUGCAAUGGUGUUCUUCCUCCUGGUUCCAUGGGAUUGCCUCUUCUUGGAGAGACUCUUCAGCUGCUAAUUCCUCGCUAUUCUCUUGAUCUGCAUCCUUUCAUCAGAAAGAGAAUCCAGAGGUAUGGUCCUAUAUUUCGAAGUAAUGUGGCGGGUAGACCAAUUGUAUUUACUGCAGAUCCUGAACUCAAUCAUUACAUCUUUAUUCAAGAAAGAAGAUUAGUAGAAUUAUGGUAUAUGGACACAUUUUCUAACUUGUUUGUGCUAGAUGGUGAAUCAAGACCUACUGGGGCAACUGGUUAUAUUCAUAAGUAUAUGAGAGGUCUUUUCUUGACUCAUUUUGGUGCUGAGAGGCUAAAAGAUAAACUGCUUCAUCAAAUACAAGAAUUAAUUCAUACAACUUUACAGUCAUGGUGUAAACAACCAACCAUUGAAGUCAAACAUGCUGCUUCAGCUGUAAUUUGUGAUUUUAGCGCCAAGUUUCUCUUUGGUUAUGAGGCUGAAAAAUCACCAUUCAAUAUGAGCGAAAGAUUUGCAAAAUUUGCAGAAAGUCUUGUGUCAUUUCCACUUAAUAUUCCCGGUACUGCAUACCACCAAAGUCUAGAGGACCGGGAGAAGGUGAUGAAAUUGUUAAAGAAUGUGCUAAGAGAAAGACGAAACUCUACUAAGAAGAGUGAAGAAGAUGUGCUGAAACAAAUAUUGGAUGAUAUGGAAAAAGAGAAUUUCAUAACAGAUGAUUUCAUAAUUCAAAUUCUCUUUGGGGCUUUGUUUGCUAUUUCUGAGUCAAUUCCAAUGACAAUAGCAUUACUUGUCAAGUUCCUUUCAGCCCAACCAUCUGUAGUAGAAGAGCUGACAGCUGAGCAUGAGGAAAUUCUCAAAAAUAAAAAAGAAAAAGGGUUAGAUUCUUCAAUUACAUGGGAAGAUUAUAAAUCAAUGACUUUUACCCUUCAGGUCAUCAAUGAAACACUUAGGAUAGCAAAUGUUGCUCCUGGAUUGUUGAGAAGAACACUAAGAGAUAUUCAUUACAAAGGAUAUACAAUUCCUGCUGGUUGGACAAUAAUGGUUCUCACUUCUUCUCGCCAUAUGAACCCUGAGAUCUACAAAGAUCCAGUCGAGUUUAAUCCAUGGCGUUGGAAGGACUUGGAUUCUCAAACAAUAUCAAAGAAUUUUACUCCUUUUGGUGGAGGAACAAGACAAUGUGCAGGAGCAGAAUACAGUAGAGCUUUUAUCUCUAUGUUCCUUCAUGUCCUCGUCACAAAGUACAGGUGGAAAAAUGUCAAGGAAGGGAAGAUUUGUAGGGGUCCUAUAUUGAGAAUUGAAGAUGGCAUCCAUAUUAAGUUGUAUGAGAAGCAUUAAUUAUAAUUAUACAAAUCUGCAAAAUUUCAUGUAUUUUAUACAUAUAUAUAGAUAUAUUUAAAAUAAAAUAUGAGGAAAUUAAAAUUUAA